UUCGGCCGGGGAAGAGAGGGCCGGUCGGAGUGCGGUGGCGAGUCGCUGAGCCCGCCGCGGCCCCGAGAGCGGCUGGAGCCGCCGCCGCCGGGAAGGAGGGGGCGAGGCGCGCCCGGGCCGCCGCCGUCGCCGCCGCUGAAGCCGCCGGCGAACAGGGGUGAGCCUCGGACCCGGAGAAGCGCCGCCGCCGCCCGAGCCGCGGGCAAGAGCCUCGGGAGCCGCCGCCGCUCGGCCGGGCCCCGCCGCCGCCCGCGCGCCCCCGGGCCCCCGACACACAUGAGAUUCUUCAGACUCACUUUCAAGUGCUUCGUGGACUGCUUCUGACUGCGCAGCCCCCCGCCGUCCCGCACCCCGCCCGCCCACCCGCUCGUUCGUCGCCCCGUCCCCCGGCCCGGCCGCCCCCGAGGCCCCGGGCGGGCCCGAGCCUUCGGGGCCCUCCUCCCCCACUGGGUGAAGCCGGCGACCCCUGCCCGCCCGCCUGCUCCCGACGAGGCGCCACGACCCCCGGCCCGGCCGUACGGCCCGCCGGGGCCAUGGCGAAGAAGAGCGCCGAGAACGGCAUCUACAGCGUGUCCGGUGACGAGAAGAAGGGCCCCCUCAUCGCGUCUGGGCCCGACGGGGCCCCAGCCAAGGGCGAUGGCCCCGGGGGCCUGGGGGCGCCUGGAGGCUGUCUGGCCGUACCACCACGGGAGACCUGGACACGCCAGAUGGACUUCAUCAUGUCGUGCGUGGGCUUCGCCGUGGGCUUGGGAAACGUGUGGCGCUUCCCCUACCUGUGCUACAAGAAUGGCGGAGGUGUCUUCCUUAUUCCCUAUGUGCUGAUCGCCCUGGUAGGAGGCAUCCCCAUUUUCUUCUUGGAGAUUUCGCUAGGCCAGUUUAUGAAAGCUGGCAGCAUCAACGUCUGGAACAUCUGUCCCCUGUUCAAAGGCCUGGGCUAUGCCUCCAUGGUGAUCGUCUUCUACUGCAACACCUACUACAUCAUGGUGCUGGCCUGGGGCUUCUAUUACCUGGUGAAGUCCUUCACCACCACGCUACCCUGGGCCACGUGUGGCCACACCUGGAACACUCCUGACUGCGUGGAGAUCUUCCGCCAUGAAGACUGUGCCAAUGCCAGCCUGGCCAACCUCACAUGUGACCAGCUUGCUGACCGCCGCUCCCCAGUCAUUGAGUUCUGGGAGAACAAAGUCUUGCGGCUGUCUGGGGGACUGGAGGUGCCGGGGGCCCUCAACUGGGAGGUGACCCUGUGUCUGCUGGCCUGCUGGGUGCUGGUCUACUUCUGUGUCUGGAAAGGGGUCAAAUCCACGGGAAAGAUCGUGUACUUCACUGCUACAUUCCCCUACGUGGUCCUGGUUGUGCUGCUGGUACGCGGGGUGCUGCUGCCUGGAGCCUUGGAUGGGAUCAUCUACUAUCUCAAGCCUGACUGGUCCAAGCUGGGGUCCCCUCAGGUGUGGAUUGAUGCCGGCACUCAGAUUUUCUUCUCCUACGCCAUUGGCCUGGGAGCCCUCACCGCCCUGGGCAGCUACAACCGCUUCAACAACAACUGCUACAAGGACGCCAUCAUCCUCGCGCUCAUCAACAGCGGGACCAGCUUCUUCGCUGGCUUCGUGGUCUUCUCCAUCUUGGGCUUCAUGGCCGCAGAGCAGGGGGUUCACAUAUCCAAGGUGGCAGAAUCAGGGCCCGGCCUGGCCUUCAUCGCCUAUCCUCGGGCCGUCACACUGAUGCCUGUGGCCCCACUCUGGGCAGCCCUGUUCUUCUUCAUGCUGCUACUGCUUGGCCUGGACAGCCAGUUUGUAGGUGUGGAGGGCUUUGUCACCGGCCUCCUCGACUUGCUCCCGGCCUCCUACUACUUCCGUUUCCAAAGGGAGAUCUCAGUGGCCCUCUGCUGUGCCCUGUGCUUUGUCAUUGACCUCUCCAUGGUGACCGAUGGUGGCAUGUACGUCUUCCAGCUGUUUGACUACUACUCUGCCAGCGGCACCACCUUGCUCUGGCAGGCUUUUUGGGAGUGUGUAGUGGUGGCCUGGGUGUACGGAGCCGACCGCUUCAUGGAUGACAUUGCGUGUAUGAUCGGAUACCGCCCCUGCCCCUGGAUGAAAUGGUGCUGGUCCUUCUUCACCCCGCUGGUCUGCAUGGGCAUCUUCAUCUUCAACGUCGUGUACUAUGAACCACUCGUCUACAACAACACCUAUGUGUACCCGUGGUGGGGCGAGGCCAUGGGCUGGGCCUUUGCACUCUCGUCCAUGCUCUGUGUGCCGCUCCACCUCCUGGGCUGCCUCCUCAGGGCCAAGGGAACCAUGGCUGAGCGCUGGCAGCACCUGACCCAGCCUGUCUGGGGCCUCCAUCACUUGGAGUACAGAGCUCAGGAUGCGGACGUCAGGGGCCUGACCACCCUGACCCCGGUGUCUGAGAGCAGCAAGGUCGUCGUGGUGGAGAGUGUCAUGUGACGCGCACCCAGUUCACAUCACCAGCCUACCCUCUGGUAGCCAUAGCAGCCCCUGCUUCAGCCCCCACCCCACCCUUCCAAGGGGCUUGCCUUUCCCUCAUAGUUUUGGGGUCUGCCUGGGGGGAGGGAAGCACUGUUGAGUGCUAAAAUAACUUUCCAUUUUUAAUAAAAUGCCAAAAAUA